GUGGAUGCAAUCUCCACUGAUCGAGCUUCUCAGGUUUCUCUAGGUUGAGAUAGAGACUCUCUGAUCUUAAAGGCCGGGAGUGAACCUGACAAAGUGAUGGGGCAAAACUGCCUGAGGAAUUUGAUAUUGUGGACUAUGGCAUCACAUGUGAAAUGGUUUAAUAUAGCUGCUGAAUACGCUUUGUUUCUGCUGAUGGCUUACUUGACCGAUGCGUGGAGACUAGGGUUCGCACAUGCAGCUGGAAUUAUAAACAUUUGGACUGGUUUCAGUAAACUUUUGAGCUUAUACGGUGCUUUCAUGGCGGACAAAAUUGGUAACUACCGGAUGCUCCUCUACUCCAGUAUAGUAUACAGCAUUGGUUUGGCGUUUCUAUACAUGUCAAAGCCGGCGGUGCUGGACAACAUGGCCGGUAACUGCGGCGAGGACCGGCCGGAAUGUUACGGCCCAGCGCAAAAGGCUACGUUCUACAUAUCAUUGGUGCUAACAGGCGUGGGCAUGGCAGGUCACGCCGUUUCUCUUGAUCCAUUCCUGGACGAACAAGGUGUGAACGAGGAGAAAGACAAGGGUUUUUGGACGAGAAGAAGUCUGGCUAAUAAUUUGAUGAGAGUGGUGAUCUCCGGAGUCUCCAGUUGGCUUCUGCCGCAACAUUGGAGUGCUCGGUUUGGGAUUGUUGCGAUCUAUGGGUUUGCGGCCACGUUCGCAUUGGCGAUCGCAAACUGGUUUUUAGUUUAUAAUAAUAAUAAUAAUAAUGAUGAUGAUGAGACACCACCACCAAAGAGUGACGAUAAAAUAAAUUUCUGUGAAAUGUUCAACCAAACCGCCAUGGUGUGGCCGUCGUUCAUAAUGUGCGGGGUGGUUUCCUCCAUCGGAAACACCUUCUUCGUCGAGCAGGCCGACAGAAUGAAGCCCGACGCCGGGGUCUACACCGUCCCUCUCGGCGUCCUUUUACUCCUAGCCAACGCCGCCAAGUUCAUCCUCAAACACUGCUACGGUUUUAGCUACACCUUGAUAAAGAAAUUCUUCGAUUUGUGCGAUAUGAUAACGAGAAAAUACUUCAAAGGAGUCGACGCCGAUAAGCUGGGUAUAAAGAAGAUGGCGGCGCUGUUCGGCAUCGGAAUAGCGAUGCUCAACGCCGUACUAUGUUGCUUGGCGGCGGCGGUGGUGGAAAACAUAAGACGAAAGGACACAAUGAAGAAAUAUCUGCACCACGACAGCAAAUUCUGGCUGGUCCCUCAGUUCGUUUUCGUUAUCGGCAUCGAUGCAUUCCUCCAAGAAAGCGUCAACGAUUUCUUCCUAAACUAUGGCCCUCUCUAUAAAUCAUCCGAGGGGAUUCAAGGGAAAGCCGCCUCGGAAGAAGAUCAGUCCAUGCAAAACUACAUUCUCCAGUUCACCAACUUCGUGAUGGGUCUGGGAUUUAUAGGCAGUGUGGUGUCGGUUUUGGCGGUGGCCAAAAUCAGCAAGAGUGUGACUGGGAAAAGCUGGAUACAGAAAGAAGUGACUGAUGGUCGGCUGGAGAAUUACUAUUGGGUUCUUGCUGUUCUAAGUAGCAUCAAUACCGUUUAUUACGUUAUUGCAGCGAUUUGCUACACCAGAAAGCUAAAGAAGGCUCUCAAGAUCAAGAAGGCCGCCGGCGACGCUCCUCAACAACCCCGGCCGGGUAAAACUGGAUGCUGCUCCUGCUAG